ACGAGUCCACGGCGCCCGACUCUGGUCUCCGAGCAGCCGCUGCAGAAAGGAAGAAAGAAAGAGACAUGCAGGGAUUUGUGAGGUUACGGCGCCCCGGCUGCAAGAUGCACUAGGCUGGCCGAACCCUCCCCGGCAUCGGUUGGCUCGACUUGUUGGAACCGGAGUGGCUCUUUGCAAACGGGGGCGGGGAGACAGCGUGGAUGAGUUGAAGUUGCUUUUCCCCGGGCUCGUUUUCCACGCUGCCCACAGGCAUCGGAGAAGGCGAGGCAGUCCCCUCGGUCUUGCCAUUGAUUGAGUAUCGGGAGCUUUUUUAUUCCCCCCCCUCCUUUUCUUUCUUCCUUUCUUUCUUUUUUUUUUUUUCUUUCUCCUCCUCCCCUCUCCUGGCUUUCUUUUCCUCCCGUCUUGUUGCAUGCAAGAAGAUUACAGUCCGCUGCUCGCUCGCCCGCUCGCCCUGGGUACGAACCCUUCGUCCCGGCUCGCUCUCUUCGCGUGCAUCGUGCAACCCCGAAGAUGAAAGACCGAAGGGGAGAAAGUUAAAGAAAUCGCCCACAUGCGCUGGAUCAGUCCACGGCUUGGGGAAAGGCGUCCAGAGAAGGUGGGAGCGGAGAGUUUGAAGUCUUUACCGGCGGGAAGAUGGCGGACUGGAGCUGAAAGUGUGGAUUGGGAAACUUGGGUGAUUCUUGUGUUUAUUUACAAUCCUCUUGACCCAGGCAGGACACAUGCAGGCCAAAAAACGCUAUUUCAUCCUGCUCUCUGCCGGCUCUUGUCUCGCCCUUUUGUUUUAUUUCGGAGGCGUGCAGUUUAGGGCAUCGAGGAGCCACAGCCGGAGAGCAGAGCACAGUGGUCGCAAUGGCUUGCACCAGCCCAGUCCGGAUCAUUUCUGGCCCCGCUUCCCGGACGCUCUGCGCCCCUUCUUCCCUUGGGAUCAAUUGGAGAACGAGGAUUCCGGUGUGCACGUUUCCCCUCGGCAGAAGCGAGACGCCAACUCGAGCAUCUACAAAGGCAAGAAGUGCCGCAUGGAGUCCUGCUUCGAUUUCACCCUUUGCAAGAAAAACGGCUUCAAGGUCUACGUCUACCCGCAGCAAAAAGGGGAGAAAAUCGCUGAAAGUUACCAAAACAUUCUCGCGGCCAUCGAGGGCUCCAGGUUCUACACCUCGGACCCCAGCCAGGCGUGCCUCUUUGUCCUGAGUCUGGAUACCUUAGAUAGAGACCAGUUGUCACCUCAGUAUGUGCACAACUUGAGAUCCAAAGUGCAGAGUCUUCACUUGUGGAACAAUGGUAGGAAUCAUUUAAUUUUUAAUUUAUAUUCCGGCACUUGGCCCGACUACACCGAGGACGUGGGGUUUGACAUCGGCCAGGCGAUGCUGGCCAAGGCCAGCAUCAGUACUGAAAACUUCCGACCCAACUUUGAUGUUUCUAUUCCCCUCUUUUCUAAGGAUCACCCCAGGACAGGAGGGGAGAGGGGUUUUUUGAAGUUUAACACCAUCCCUCCUCUCAGGAAGUACAUGCUGGUGUUCAAGGGGAAGAGGUAUCUGACAGGGAUAGGGUCAGACACCAGGAAUGCCUUAUAUCACGUCCAUAAUGGGGAGGACGUCUUGCUCCUCACCACCUGCAAGCACGGUAAAGACUGGCAAAAGCACAAGGAUUCUCGCUGUGACAGAGACAACACGGAGUACGAGAAGUAUGAUUAUCGGGAAAUGCUGCACAAUGCCACUUUCUGUCUGGUUCCUCGUGGUCGCAGGCUUGGGUCCUUCAGGUUUCUGGAGGCUUUGCAGGCUGCCUGUGUUCCUGUGAUGCUCAGCAACGGAUGGGAGUUACCAUUCUCUGAAGUGAUUAACUGGAACCAAGCGGCCGUCAUCGGCGACGAGAGAUUGUUAUUACAGAUCCCUUCUACAAUCAGGUCUAUUCAUCAGGAUAAAAUCCUAGCACUUAGACAGCAGACACAGUUCUUGUGGGAGGCUUAUUUUUCUUCAGUUGAGAAGAUUGUAUUAACUACACUAGAGAUUAUUCAGGACAGAAUAUUCAAGCACAUAUCACGUAACAGUUUAAUAUGGAACAAACAUCCUGGAGGGUUGUUUGUCCUGCCACAGUAUUCAUCUUAUCUGGGAGAUUUUCCUUAUUACUACGCUAAUUUAGGUUUAAAGCCCCCUUCCAAAUUCACUGCUGUCAUCCACGCAGUGACCCCCCUGGUCUCUCAGUCCCAGCCAGUGUUGAAGCUUCUCGUGGCUGCAGCCAAGUCCCAGUACUGUGCCCAGAUCAUAGUUCUAUGGAAUUGUGACAAGCCCCUACCAGCCAAACACCGCUGGCCUGCCACUACUGUGCCUGUUAUCGUCAUUGAAGGAGAAAGCAAGGUUAUGAGCAGCCGGUUUCUGCCCUAUGACAACAUCGUCACAGAUGCUGUGCUCAGCCUUGACGAGGACACUGUGCUUUCAACAACCGAGGUGGAUUUUGCCUUCACCGUGUGGCAGAGCUUCCCCGAGAGGAUUGUGGGGUACCCAGCACGCAGCCAUUUCUGGGAUAACUCUAAGGAGCGAUGGGGGUACACAUCCAAGUGGACGAACGACUACUCCAUGGUGUUGACAGGGGCUGCUAUUUACCACAAAUACUAUCACUACCUGUACUCCCAUUACCUACCAGCCAGCCUGAAAAACAUGGUGGACCAACUGGCCAAUUGUGAGGACAUUCUCAUGAAUUUCCUGGUGUCUGCUGUGACAAAAUUGCCUCCAAUCAAAGUGACCCAGAAAAAACAGUAUAAGGAGACAAUGAUGGGACAGACUUCCCGGGCUUCUCGUUGGGCUGACCCUGACCACUUUGCCCAGCGACAGAGCUGCAUGAAUACGUUUGCCAGCUGGUUUGGCUACAUGCCGCUGAUCCACUCUCAGAUGAGGCUCGACCCCGUUCUCUUUAAAGACCAGGUCUCAAUUUUGAGGAAGAAAUACCGAGACAUCGAGCGACUUUGAGGAACCCGGCCGAGUGGGGGAGGGAAGGCCAGAAGGGACCGGAGUCGAGCUGCUCUCUCUUCCCGGUGCAGAUCCGCUCGUCACUGGAGCUAGGUUGUGCCAAGUAUCCAAAUGAACCUAGAUGAACAAAUGAUGAAAACGUUUUUCAAUGGCCAAUGAGAACUCGACUCCUGGCUCCUGGGACUGCACCAGACUGUUCCACUCACCUCACUGGCUUCUGUGUCCCAAGACUAGGUUGUGUACAGUUUAAUUAUGGAACAUUAAAUAAUUAUUUUUGAAAUGAUUGCUAUGCAGGUUUAAACUUUUUUAAUGAUCAAAACUAUUAAAAACCAGAGUUCUUUCUUUAAUCAAAAUUGUGUUGGUUGUGAAUAUUUCGAGGCUGCUGCUUCUGUUCCCACAGACAUGGUUGCCAUUGGCCACGCAGGGUUUCCUGCAGUUAAAAGCCUGAGCUUAUGGGAAACACAAUAAAUCACGUGAUGCAGUGUCAAGAAAUAACUGGGCAUACAUACUUUUAGAGGAACUCAUUGUUUAGCUUUACCACUGCAAACUGUUUUCUAAUUUGAAUUUUCAAAUCCACCUGAACUUUGAUCUCUAAAAUGUUGCUGCAUGAAGGAAAGUAUUAUGACUUCCAGGUAGCCAGUUCUAACUAAAAACUUUAUGUUUGCGAUAUAAUAUGAUAAUCUUUUUACAUGGGGGGGGGGGGGUUGGGGGGAGUUAGUACCAAGAAAACACUAGUAGAUUUAAGAAAUGUUCAGUUUGCACAAAGAACCAUUCAAACAACCCAUCAGCAUGGUCGUGAGAUGGAAAUGGAGAGCCCCUCAGCUGGAGCCUGGAGCUUUCCAGGAGUUUGGGUGAGCUUAUACAGCCAGCCACUGGCAUUCUGAUGAGACCUGGGGGAAGGCAUUGGCUUAGAAGCCAAGGAAAAAUGGGUUAUUGGGGACACCAGAUUAUAUAUAAGAAGAGCUUUUUAAUGUCUGUGAAAAAAAACUUAAGUUUUGAAAGCUUCCCUGCAGAGAAAGAAUAAUGUGUAAAUUCACACCAUUUAACAAGAGGUUUAAUGUGAAGUAACUAAUUGAGGGUGUGCCAUGGGAACACUAGCUCCAUUUCUAGUCAAACAUUGUUUUGAGCAAAAAAUUGGCAUUACACAAUAAUCAGAAACAAAUGUGAAUAUGGUUCUAUUUCAUUUUAAUUUUUAAACGUGUAGAGAAAUGUAGUUGUGUUUCUUGUUACAAAGAACAUUUCUUUCCCUGCAAAUGCUGUCUUGAGCUUAUGGAGAUUGCAAAACACCAAGAACCAACUUGCACAUGCAAGCCACGAACCAUAUCCCUUGGCUAUAUUAUAAAACAUGGAGAGUUCUGAUUUAAUGAUUCUUCUACUUGGAAGAGGUUAAAAAAAAGAACUAGGAGUAGAAAGAGUCUUAGGUCCUGCAAUAUAUAAUGCAGAAUAAAACAUAAACACUUUAGUUUUUCUUUCCCCUCCAUCAACUCUCAUAUAUUUCAAACAUGAAUUUGUCUCAGAAACAUUUAUCACAGGUAUUUCCCAGUAACUACAAGGGCUGGCCAAGGUCAGUGGAAAACAUAAGUCUAGUGGAUCCAUCCUUUCUUUGUAGACUUCUGAGGACAAAAAAAAAAAAAAAAAAAGAGGAUUUGUCCUGGUGUUCUGGAGGAGGUGUUAUAACCAAGAGUGAGAAUAGAUGUUUACUGAGGUCCAUCACAGAGACCAGAGCCCACACAUCCAGAUGCCAUGCAUGUUGUGAGUGGUGCAUAAAUAAUGAAGUUCGAUUAUAAAAGGACUUUUCUCUGCAACUUGUGACUCACUACAACUCCCUAAACAUCUUUUUCAUCCAGUUUGACCCAUCCUUAAUGUACUGUCAAACACAUAGCAUGAUCCCUUCAGUAGAUGUGAGAUCUCGUAUUUGUACAAAAAUGACCCCUAGGUCCAUGAUACUGACACUUAUGUCUUUCAGUAAAAGGUCAAAAAAUGUUUCAUGUUAUUUAAUCUGCUGCUGUUACCAUGUUAAAGAUGAGCAAUUAAUCUUCAUACAUCUGACCUUUGAAAAUUUAUAUUAAGUUUUUUUUUUCCAGAAUGGAAACAUUCAUAUGCAUCUCCAGACAUGAAUGCAACAGUUUCAUCAACACUGUCAUCUUGGCUUGCAAAGAAGCAUAUCCCUAGUGGUACCAGUCAGUCCCAUGAACUGUCUUGCCAGAUUUACCUGUCAAAGCUCAUAAGGCACAUAGUCCCCAUAAACAACAUGUGUUACAUGGGGUGGGGGGGAUGACAAUUGUAAAUGAGAACAGAAACUGGUACACUUUUAUCUCGUUUAAAUCUGUAUGGUUGCAUUUUAUGCCAUUCUCUGAAUAAUUCUCUUUGGGAUGCUAGUAAGCAUGUUCUUUUCUCAUUUGGAAUACACAGCUGGGAAUUGAACAAUGCUAAGCAAAUCAGUGAGGCCCAACAGUAAAUGUAAUUUUAAUUCUCUUAGGAAAGAGUUGUCUGUUGCACUGUGGCAGGUUGACAGAUUGCCACCACUGCUGAAGGAUGCUAGGAAUUAUCUCUUGGCCAACUUUAAUGAUAACCAGGGGUCUGUACACAGGCCAACAUGCGUUAAGUUGGUAAGAUGCCAAGGGCAGCAAAUACAGUACCAGCAGCAUAAUGAAUUGCACGCAAAAACUCCAUAGAGAACUCAGCUGCUUAUGAUUUCCACACACCUUUUUCCAGCUCCACAUUAGUCCAUGUAUCCUUGUGAACAGUUGUUUUAAAGCUGGCUAUAUUCUCAUAUGAAGAUUUACAACUAUCAUAGUCUCCAUAUACAUUAUAUACUAAGCAUAUCACUUCUGUUGAAAAUAACAAAAUGACCCAAAAUUGAGACUGUAGAAAAAAAAAUACUAAUCCAUGCAAUAAUCCCUGUUAGUCAUGUCACAAGAGAUAAUAUAGCUAGAUGGGCAGACCAAGGCAUAUCAGCACACUGUCCAGAUAUGAUGCUCCAGAAGAAAGGAACAUCUCAUACCUGGACUCUUAUGUGCAUUACAGUUUAAUAUCUUGUUACAAAUGGUGCUCAAAGAAGGAUCAAUCCAGGUUGCUUCCUUCAAUUUCCCUUUUGGAAUGAUUUGUUUGUUUGUUUUUGUUUUUCAUUACAGUAGGCUAUGUUAGCCUUUACUUUGGUGUUUCUCAAAUUCCUAGUGACUUGAAGGAAUAUACCAGUGGCCUUUCAUAAAGGUUGCUGAACUUUAAUCUAAUCAGGGGUGAGAUGAAUGAUGUGAAUAGACCUAUGGACUAUACAAAGAGAGAGAGUGCUCGAUUUAAGAACUAAGGAAAUUUUAAUCAAACCUACUUGAAGGGCCAGAAGAGGCAAAAACAACCUCAUCAGUUUAGAAUCAGGACGGGACUGGUGCUUAGACAAGACUUAAUUAUGGAUGCAAUGCCAGGACAAACUCCCCUAGCCUGAACAUGUCCCAUGUUCCGUGGGUGGGGAGGGGUCUCUUAAAAGCUCUAAUGUUAAAUGUACCAGUUAUUGGCAUAAGCUCUCAAAUAAAACUGCCCCUGCCUUCUAGGAGUUAAUAUCAACCUUGCAGCCAGCACAUCAGGAGUACAGUUGUUAAGUUCAUGUACCUAGUGUCCCUUUACUGUAGACAAGAGCCUUUCAAAUGCUCCUGCCAUUCUUGGCCCAGGUGUGACAAGACAGUACUGUUGGCUCCAUUUUUCUCAUGCUUGAUGGAAACCAAGUUGGUUUGGGUUAUUUUCUCAGUGAACAAGCAUUCAUACCCAACUGCCACACUCUAUACUCGUACCAAAAUUCAGUAUGUGAAAAUGAGAUUAUUCCCUGAGUCUAGUUUUUAAAGAGAGGGGGAUGAGGCAUCCUAAGAAAGUUCUGUCCCAUCAAUUCUCUGAUGUUGUUCCAAAAGUUCUGGAUAGAAAGCUUGCGGUUUACAGUAUAAUUGUGAUGAUGAUGCUAACUCCCAGCUAGAAAGCAUCUCUCCUCUUUGCCUGUUCCAAAAUCAAAGGAUGUUGUUUUAAUGAUUUUCACUUGGUGGAGACUAGUCAUCACCAAUCUAGAGUUCCACUGUGUCCCAUGUCAGGAGCCUAGGUGAGCUAGUUACCCCAAGUGGGCCUUUCACGGCCCAAUAAAUAGGUAGGGAAGAAAACUGUAGCAAACUGAGCCCUUGGGAUGCCAUAGUCUCACCCUUUAAAUAAAAAGGAAGUCAAGCUAGCCUUGCAGUCACUCUAUUUUUGUAAUGAUUUUCCUUUAGGCCUCAAAGGUCAUUUGAUUUCUGCAAGUUUUCUGUUCUUCCUAUGGGAAUAUAUUCCUCUCCUCUUGGUUGUAAUUCUUACUAAAAUGAGGGCCAUGCAAGUGACCUGAUUACCAUGUAAUGAACCUUGUAUAUUUAUUUUGAGAGAAAAAAUGUAUAGGAUAUGUUGAGGGUUAGAAAUAAAGCAUUGAAAACUGGACCUAUUUUAGGUGGUAAAUUGUAAAGCAAAAAAAAAAAAAAAAAAAAGGAAAAAUAGUAUACCUUAUUUUGUAUACGAUGUACAUUUGGGACAGAGUUUUCUAAUAUGUUACCAAUGUUUUUGUAGUGUCACCACAGGUCUUUGCUGAAGUGUUUUCCCCAUUUUGUCAUAGUUUAUUAAUGAUUUAGUGCAAUGAAGCCCUAAAGUGUGUGAGAGAGAGAGAGUGUGCAAGAAAUUACAAAGCCAUAGUUCUUGAUUUACUCCACUGACCUGUGUAACUUUAUGUCUGGGUUUUACCAUCCAAGAUAGAUUGUUUUAUAGAGUGUCACCAAAGACUUUUUUCCUUCCAAUUUAUAGAAGAAAAAAACGAAAUUAUUAAUAAAUGACAUGACUUUUCA